CAAAAACACAGCCUAUCCCAAUUCUCACACAAGGUCUUUCGCUCUAAACUGCUUCUCUCCCCAGUCUUUCAUUCUUUCUCCGACUGAUCCCUCUCAACUCCGAUCCCUCCAUCUCCGAAACCAGUGAAGCUCUCACCGUCGAGCUCGGAUCGCCAUGCCUCCUGUUGGCCCCCGAUCCGGCGAUGCAAUCUUCGCCAACAUCGAGCGCGUGAAUGCGGAGCUAUUUACGUUGACCUAUGGCGCCGUUGUGCGGCAGCUGCUCACUGAUCUCGAGGAGGUUGAGGAGGUUAACAAGCAGCUUGAUCAGAUGGGAUAUAACAUUGGGAUUCGGCUGAUCGAUGAGUUUCUAGCAAAGUCUAAUCUCUCCAGGUGCGUCGACUUCAAAGAGACUGCUGAAGUGAUUGCAAAGAUUGGCUUCAAAAUGUUCUUGGGGGUCACAGCAUCUGUUACAAAUUGGGAUACUGAUGGAACAUGCUGCAGUAUUGUUCUGGAAGACAAUCCUCUGGUUGACUUUGUUGAGCUUCCAGAUACUUGUCAAGGAUUGUACUAUUGCAACAUCUUAAGUGGAGUUGUAAGAGGUGCCUUAGAAAUGGUAUCAAUGAAAACUGAAAUCACCUGGAUCCGGGAUAUGCUUAGAGGUGAUGAUGCAUUUGAGUUGCAAGUUAAACUCCUGAAGCAAGUUCCAGAGGAGUACCCCUACAAAGAUGACGAGUAAAUCAUGUCAUAUGUACACUGUUGUGAUCUUUCACCCUCUUAAUUCCCUGAAUUGUUACAGCUUUUCCCUCUUUUUCGUACACAUUUGUGCUCGACGUUAGAUAGAUAACUUAAUUUUGUUAGUCACUACACCUUCCAUUUAUCCAUUCUGAGCCUUUCCUUCU